UAAUUAAAUUCUAUAUACAUUUAGAGGCAAAUAACAAGUAAAAAUCUAAUAUAGAUAUUUUGUUUUAAUUAUUAAUUAAAGGAGUUUACUCGUUAAGAACGAUUGUCUUAGAACAGUUCCUUGGCAGCGGUUUCUACGAUAUAUGCGACAACAAAAAGUUAGGAAAUAUCUAACCUGAACUUUAAACGUUGCAUUUCAAAAUGACUGUGCUGUUGUCACGCGUUUCUUUAAAUAUUCUGAAAAAAGAAUACAUGUCACACGUACGACCCGCUAUUUUUUUAAAUGCAGAUCAAUUAAAUCAAGUAAGAAGUAACCACCUGUGUCGGAAGGAAAACAGAAUUAAUACUAGAAGUGGAAAACAUUUGUUAACAUAUACGUUAGUCAUUUCGGGUAUCAGUUAUUUCUUGUACAAAAAAAGAAAUGAUUUGUACGAACGAUUCAGGGAUCUCAAUAUUGGAAUGCCUGUCGUCAGAUCUGCGACCAUUAUACCUAAUCUCGUGGAUUAUAGAGAGAGAUAUAAUUUUAUAGCAGAUGUUGUUGCGGUAUCAGCACCUUCAGUAGUGUACAUAGAAAUUUCUAAUGAUAAAAAAUUAGAUAUGUUCACAGGAAGACCUAUUGGAGCUAGUACUGGUUGUGGAUUUAUUGUCUCUUCCGAUGGUUUGAUAUUAACUAAUGCUCAUGUUGUUAUGAGAAGACGCAAUAGCAAAGUAAAGGUUCGUUUGCAUGAUGGAACUGUAUAUAAUGGUAUAAUAGAGGAUGUUGAUAUGCAGAAUGAUCUUGCAACUUUAAGAAUUAAUAAGAAAGAUUUACCAGUAAUGAAACUUGGUAAUUCGGCAGAUAUUAGACCUGGAGAAUUUGUAAUCGCUAUUGGUUCUCCUCUAUCAUUGAGUAACACCAUAACUAGUGGAGUAGUGAGCAGUACAAAUAGACCAAGUGAAGAACUUGGUCUGGAUAAGAACAUAAUGUAUAUUCAAACAGAUGCUGCAAUUACUUAUGGAAAUUCUGGUGGUCCGUUAGUGAAUUUAAAUGGGGAAGCAAUUGGGAUUAAUGCCAUGAAAGUUACGGCAGGUAUUUCUUUUGCUAUUCCUAUAGAUUAUGCGAAAGAAUUUUUAAAAAAGGCAGAAAUUCGUAGAAAGAACAAAGGUAAACUUCCUGAUCCGAUAGAAACACAUAAAAGAAGAUAUAUGGGUAUAACGAUGUUAACUAUUUCUCCUGAUAUAAUCUUUGAAUUACAAGACAAAAGGGGCUAUUCUUUAGACAUGAUCAAACAUGGAGUAUUUGUCUGGAGAGUAAUAACAGGUUCCCCCGCUUACAAAAGUGGGAUACAAGCUGGAGAUAUAAUUACACACGUUAAUGGUGAACCAGUAUUUGCCGCUGUGAAUAUAUACAAAGCAUUAGAAAGUAGCGGAUCACUGAAAUUGACGGUCGUUAGGCACAGGGAUGUUCUCGUUAUAACAGUGGAUCCCGAAGAUUGAGCUAUUGCAAGCUUAUUAUAUACAUUUGGCAUACCUUGAUUAAAUAACAAAUCAGUGAAUUAACAGAGUUUAUUAAAAAGACAAUAAAAAAAAGAUCAACGAUAUAUAUAUACAUA